AUGACGCGUGAGUUCCUCCACUUUAUUCAGAAGAACCUGAACGAGAUCGUCGAAGGCGCCAUAGAAGAGGUGCUCUGCAGCGACCCUUCCAACUACGUGUCACAUACGGUUGACACUUUCAAUGUUGACAUGACUUUGUGGCAUGUAACAGCGCUAGAGCUUCAAAAUGUCCCGUUGGUAGAAGGCACCAACUACAUUCGAACGGCCAGAGAGAUGGAAGGGAUACUGGUGUUGGGCUCGGGACCAGACAUGAAUGAUGUGUCAGUGGAGCUCAAAGAAAUCUCGAGUUGCAAGGUGCCUUUUAAAAGCGGUUUCGGUCACCAGAAAGAUGUGCGGAGUCAAGUCUUGCAAGACAAGACGUUCGAGGGACUUCUCGAUUGCUCAAGAUUUCAAGAGACCGACGGUAAACUUGUUCACGAUCUUCAAAAAAGAUUUAUCAACUGUCGUCUUCCAGAGUUAGGACCCACAUUCUACUCUGAUAGCAUGAGUCGGACCUAUGAGCUUCACUUUGCUGUCACUGUCGGGUGUGCGGCCCAAAAAUGUUCCACGACCUUAAAGGCCUCGAUUGAGAUCAAUAUUGCCAUAAAGGACGACAUCAACAAAAUUGACUCGACCAAGAAACCAAAACAGAGAACAGGUGAUACUUUUCAUGUUGUGUCUUUACCUAAAAGUUCCUCUACCAUGCAUGAUCUCAAGAGAAUUGUGGAGCAAAGGCUCGGCCGUAUAGGUGUUGAUUUCUCGGCCUAUCACACAUAUUCAUGCGCAUUGAAUGGUGCUAUCUUUACAUUGUUGGUUGUUAAUCUUUUGGGGAAGAACAAGGGCGCUUUGUUUAAAUCGGACUUGAAGGAGAAGAAAGACGAACUCAUUAAGGGUUUGCCCUUUGCGUUGAUGUUUGAUGCGAGGAUCAACAACUUUGGAAACGCGUCUGUCAGAUGUGAGGGGGCAAACAUGACUAUAGAAGGCGCUCUUUAG